AUGCAAACACAGUUGUUUUUUCGGCCAUCCAGUUCAACAGAUGAUAUCUCAAUGCGAUCUACACUUGCAUUUUCAGAUGCCAAGUUUGAUAUGAAUUUGAUGCGGGAACUCGCUGCAAACUGGGUGCUCAUGCACGAGCAUCCAUUUACAAUUGUGGAGGAGGAAGGUUUUAACGUAAUGCAAAAAUGUGGUAUGCCACAAUGGGAGAAGAUAACACGUACUGCUUUGAAACAACAUUGUGUGACCGUUUAUGAGGUAAAAAAGAAGAAGUUAGUUAAUUUGUUUAAGAGUAUUAACAAGAUUAGUUUGACAACUGAUCUAUGGAAUUCUUCUAAUCAGAAGCUUGAGUACAUGGUUGUCACCGAACAUUUUAUUGAUAAUGAUUGGAAGUUGCAGAAGCGUGUGCUCAAUUUCGUUCAUAUACCGGCUCCUCGACCUGGUGUUGAGAUUGCUGCUACUAUUCAUAAGUGUUUAAUGGAAUGGGGAAUUGAGAACAAAGUGUUCGGUAUCUCGGUUGACAAUGCUUCAAGUAAUGACGUGGUAAUCAAGAUUUUGAGGGAGAAUUUAGGAAGAAACAAGAAGCUAAUGUGUGGUGGGAGGUUGUUUCAUGUGCGGUACGCGGCACACAUAUUGAAUCUCAUGGUUCAGGAUGGGCUUUCCCAAAUUAAGCCCAUCAUUCAAGAAGUAAGUGACUGUAUUUUGUAUGUCAAGCAAUCAGAGACCAGAGCAAUUAUGUUUAUAGAGAUUGUUCAGAUGUUGCAAUUGCCCAGAAGGAAACUCAUACUUGAUUGCAAAACGAGGUGGAAUUCUACUUAUCAACUGUUGACACUUGCAAUUCAGUACAGAGAUGUGUUUCCGAUGUUAGCUCAAUUGGAUAAUAACUUUACUUUUGCCCCAAUAGAUGAAGAUUGGGAAAAACUUAAGAAAGUGUGGGAGAUUUUGGAAGCCUUCAACUCGGCAACUAAUGUCAUAUCAGGGAGUGAGUACCCCACUUCUAACUUAUUUUUGAAAGAAAUUGUUGACAUAAAAGAGUUGCUAGAUGAAAAAUGUUCUGAUGAUGAUGAUUUUAUUCGGGCAAUGGUAGGAAAGAUGAAAGAAAAGUUUGACAAGUAUUGGGGAGAAUGCAAUUUCGUUAUGGCAAUUGUAGCUGUAUUGGAUCCAAGGAUGAAAAUGAGGAUGCUGCAAUUUGCCUACCCACAAAUGUAUCCUGCUGAAGAAGCAUAA